GUUAGGGAACCGAGGAAAAAAUGUUCUCCAAAGUAAUGAAGGGAGAAGACCGUUGUUGUAUCAUAUGGGAUUGGCCCACCGUUGCCAUUCGGUGAAGCCGUCCCCAGAUUUUCAGGCAACAAUAUCUACGUGUCUCUUCCCCAGAGUAGCUGAUCCCUUGCUCCACGGAGAAAUCCUUCUCUACUUUCGGUCAUUUCGUGCCCAAUUUUUCCUUUCAUUCAGUUUCAUGGUGGGAAAAUAUACCACUGAAACGCGGAAAUUGCUACAGAGACCUCCAGAAGAGGCACACUGUGUAAUUCAACAAACCUGGUGUAAUCACUGUAUACAUAAUGGUACACAUUGUGGGAUCUCAUCCGUCCCACCAUUCGUGAUUCAGGUGCCUUCAUUUUCACGGCCCUGUUUCAGCUUAUUUAGCCAAAAGUUCCUCUAUUGCUAUUAACCCUAAUGUUUCCUCGUUCUUCUAUUUGGGAUUUUGAUUCCAGCUGAUUCUGAGGAGUUGAGCAAUGCUUAUCUAAUUGAUUCAUACUUUGAUUCAUACUUUGGGUGUGCGCUAUUGUUUGAGCAUUGGAAAUGGCAGAAAAAAAUGUGGGCAUCUUUUGUAUGAAGUCAUUGUUUUGUCUGUUCAUAGCGACUUCCAUCAUUUUCACUUUUUCUUGGUUUUAUGUGUUGCAAACCACUCAUCAACCUCUACCUGUUGACCUUAGUAUACCAUCCAACUCAAAGCUGUUGUCAUUAGCUCAUGACCAAAGUGACAAUGAAAACUUGGUAAAGGAUGGUUUGGAUGUGAAGGAAGGAUCAGAAUCAAGCAGAUAUGAUUGUAAACCGAAACUAAAGGUGUUUAUGUAUGAUUUGCCCCCAGAAUUUCACUUUGGACUACUGGGUUGGAAACCUGUGGGGAAGACUGUUUGGCCUGAUAUUAGAAGUGAGGUCCCGCCAUAUCCCGGUGGGUUGAACUUGCAACAUAGUAUAGAGUAUUGGUUGACAUUAGAUCUUUUGCAUUCGGAAUUCUUUGACAAUUCGAGCGACUCAACUGCUGUAAGGGUGCAUGAUUCAAGUGAGGCCGAUGUCGUAUUUGUCCCUUUCUUUUCAUCACUGUGUUAUAACCGGUUCUCAAGGCUGCAGCCACACCAGAAAGUGAGCACAAACACUUUGCUGCAGGAGAAACUGGUCACUUUCUUAACAAGUCAAGAUGAAUGGAAGAGAUCAGGAGGAAGUGACCAUAUAGUCCUCGCCCAUCAUCCUAAUAGUCUCUUAGAUGCACGGAUGAAGCUUUGGCCUGUGAUGUUCAUUCUUUCUGAUUUCGGAAGAUAUCCUCCAAAUGUAGCAAAUGUUCAGAAAGAUAUAAUUGCACCUUACAAGCAUGUUGUAAGAAACUACAUCAAUGAUACAUCUGGCUUUGAUAGCCGUCCAAUGUUGCUGUAUUUCCAAGGAGCUAUAUACAGAAAAGAUGGGGGGUUUGUUAGGCAGGAGCUGUUCUAUCUGCUAAAAGAUGAGAAAGAUGUACACUUCUCAUUCGGAAGCGUUCAAAAGAAUGGGAUAAGUCAAGCCACGCGUGGGAUGCAAACCUCCAAAUUUUGCCUCAACAUAGCUGGAGACACUCCCUCAUCAAACCGCCUCUUUGAUGCCAUCGCCAGUCAUUGUGUUCCUGUCAUCAUUAGUGAUGACAUAGAGCUUCCAUAUGAAGACGUUCUCGACUAUUCGUCCUUCUGUGUGUUUGUCCGCACAGCAGAUGCCCUCAAGAAGAACUUCCUGGUUAACUUCAUUAGAAGUAUAGGAAAGGAAGAGUGGACUAGAAUGUGGCUUAAGCUGAAGGAGGUCGAAACGUUUUUUGAGUAUCAGUACCCUUCUAAGACAAAUGAUGCUGUCCAGAUGAUUUGGCAGGCCAUUUCCCGGAAGCUCCCUGCUGCUAAGUUGAAGAUCCACCGAAACGGGAGAUUCUCUAGAACUACUACUGUUAUUUGAAUGUUUCAUACUACAGUAUAUGUUAUCACAUCAUGAACAUUGCCAAUAAUAGUGCCUGUUGGGGAACAUUAAAAAAGUUGAACAUGAAUGCUAGUGUGCAUUAAUUGAUUAUAAAGGGAUGAACAAGAUGCUGCUCGCAAAAUAAACUAGGUUCGUUG